AUGCCUGAUACGAAUGCUCCUACAAAUACUGCUUACCACACUUACCCUGAGCUUAGACGACGUUCGUCCAACUUACCUUCAACCAUAGCCAGCGAUGACCGGUCAGGAGACAUCUUGGUGCAAAUGCUCAAUAACAGUCACUUACAGCAGCAGUCUUUGGUCGAGACUCUUCAGCUACCAAAAACCGAGCUGAUGAGUUUGGAUGGGGAACCUGUUAAAUAUUGGAUGUUUAUUCGCUCCUUCGAGAACAUAGUCGACAAAGAAACAAUUGGUGAUGGUGCAAAGCUUGCUAGGUUGAUGCAGUAUUGUACAGGUCCAGCUAGGAAGCUUAUGCAGUGCUGUGCUGUCAAGGAGCCCAGUGAAGGUUAUCGUCUGGCAAGAAAGCUGCUUCAGAGCCGAUUUGGAAAUGCAUAUGACAUCUCAGACGCAUGGAUUAACAAGAUUGUCGGUCGUCCUGCUGUUUCUGACAACAAGGGGUUACUGGAGUUUUCAGAUGAGUUGAGAAAUUGUCGUGAGACGUUGCAGACGAUGGGCAAGCUUGGGGAGUUGAAUAAUCGGCAGAGCUUGGCUAAAAUCAUCGAGAAGUUGCCGUUUGACCUCAGAAAGGGUUGGCUGAAAAGGGUUCACCAUCUUAAGUACAUCGAAAUGAGGCUUCCCACAAUUGAUGACGUGUUGGUGUUUGUGUCUGUAGCUGCAGAGCGUGCAAAUGAUCCUGUGUUUGGACAUUAUGGACGCGACUGUGAGAGAGCUACUGUCUGUACUGUUCCCGGCUGUGGCCUCAAGCAUACAAAGUUUCUGCAUCUACUUCGCAGCGGAAACUCAACAUGCACAGACACGGGAAACAACCCUUCUACAUCUUUGUCAGCAGAGGCACCUCCAUUUGUCAACACAAGUCCAGGUACUUCCGGUAAUGUGACAUGUAACAUCACUGGGGCCGGAGUUGGGAAGGUGGUUCUACCUAUUGUGCCAGUCAAGGUGAGAGGUAAAGGUUCCACAGACUUUAUCACUACCUAUGCACUUCUUGACACUGGGUCCACGCAGACAUUUUGUGCGGAGGCUUUGGCGAGAGAACUCGGAAUUCAUGGCAGGCGUGACACUGUGAAGCUCACAACGCUGGAUGACCACAACACACUUGUUGAUACUUUUGUCGUCGAUUUGGAAGUCACAGACGUCAAUGAUGAAAAUCUUCUCGUCAUGUCUAAUGUUAUGACGAGGCCCAACAUAUGUGUCAACUCUGAUUGUUUGGUAACACAGGAGGAGAUCAGCUCAUGGCCACAUUUGUGGGAUAUUGUGCUGCCUGAUGUCAACCCUAAUGACGUACUCCUAAUCAUUGGGCAGGAUAACCCUUCUGCGAUGACCCCUAAAGAAGUUCGUAAAGGUAAUUUUGGAACACCCUACGCCACCAAGACCAUUUUGGGAUGGACACUUAACGGACCAGUCAAAUCGGGGCCUCGGAACAAGGUAACUUCACACUUCAUUGAUGCUGAUGUCUGUCUUCAACGCCAGGUUGAGAAGUUUUGGCUGAUGGAGGAUCUUGGAGGUUGUGAUACCAGCAUGUCAGUGAGUGACAGAAAGGCGAUAGCUGUAUGGGAACACUCUAUUCAUCUAGAGAAUGGACAUUAUGCAGUGGACAUUCCAUUCAAGACAAGGCCACCCUGUCUCCCUGAUAACAAGGCUAUGGCACAACAUCGCCUUCGUCUACUCGGAAGGAAAUUGACGAGGGAUCCAGUCAUGAAAGACAAGUACACUUCGAGCAUCAAGGAGUUGAUGGAUAAGGGCUAUGCUGAAGAAGUGCCAUCAGAGCAGCUGGAGAGAGCCGAUGGUGCAAUUUGGUACCUGCCGCAUCACCCAGUAUUUCAUCCGCAUAAGCCAGACAAACUCAGGAUCGUAUUCGACUGUGCGGCCAAGUUCCAGGGAAUAUCACUCAAUGACACAGUGCAUCGAGGUCCUGAUCUCAUCAAUAAAUUGGUUGGCGUCUUGUUGCGUUUUCGACUGGAACGAGUUGCAUUCAUGGCGGACAUAGAGGGUAUGUUCCAUCAGGAAGUUGUCAACAAACCAGACCGUGACGUGUUGCGGUUUUUGUGGUGGUCCAACGACAGUAUAUCUUCUUCACCGAAGGUGUAUCGCAUGACGGCUCAUUUAUUUGGUGGAGUGUGGUCCCCAAGUUGUGCGAAUUUCGCUCUAAAGCAGACGGCGCAAGACAACAUCCACAAGUACGACACCGAAACUGUCAGGACUGUUGAUAAGAAUUUCUAUGUAGACGAUUGUCUGAAGUCGGUUGCCACCAGUGACGAAGCCAUUAGACUCAUCGACCAGUUGUGCAGUAUGUUGGUUCUUGGAGGCUUCAAACUCCGAAAGUGGAUUAGCAACUCUCGUGAAGUCCUGCAGACAAUUCCACCAUCUGAGAGAACAAAGACAGUUCUUUCUCUGGAUUUGGACAGGGAGCUCUUACCUACCGAACGAGCCUUGGGUGUUCUUUGGGAUGUAGAGAGUGACGUCUUCACAUUUGAUGUUCAUGUGAGCAGUAAGCCGAUGACACGCCGAGGACUGCUAAGUAUUGUCAGCUCGGUGUAUGAUCCAUUGGGUUUUGCUAGUCCUUUCAUACUUACCGCCAAGAUGCUGUUUCAGGAGCUUUGUAGACGAAAGAUUGGUUGGGAUGAUUCAAUACCGGAUGAGAUUGCUAGGCAGUGGGAGAGAUGGUUGGCAGACUUACCUCAGCUGAAGAGUCUAUCAAUACCCCGUUGCAUCAAACCACGAGGGUUUGGUACCAGCACUACAGUUCAGCUACAUCAUUUCUGUGACGCCUCAGAGAGGGGAUAUGGCGCGGUGACUUACCUGCGGCUACAGGAUGUUGAUGAAAGAGUAAGCUCUUGCCUGCUAAUGGCCAAGGCCAAGUUAGCACCUCUGAAGAAAACCACCAUUCCACGUCUGGAACUUGCUGCUGGUGUUGUCUCCGUCAAACUAGACGAAAUGAUUCGAAGAGAGUUGUUGUUGCCUCUGCAAGAAAGUGUUUUCUGGAGUGACAGUAUGAUUGUGCUACACUACCUCAGGAACGAGGACAAACGCUACCAGACCUUCGUGGCCAAUCGCAUUUCCAGGAUACUGGAGCUCUCCAAGGCAUCGCAGUGGAGAUAUGUUGACUCCAUGUCUAACCCGGCUGAUGAUGUCUCGAGAGGUUUAACAGCGCAGGAGUUAAUUGGAAGUGAGCGUUGGGUGCAAGGUCCACAAUUCUUACUCUGUGAUGAAUCUCAUUGGCCAAGGCAACCAGAUUUUGAUACCCAUGUGUCACCAGGUGUUCUGGAGGUGAAAAGAGACCCUGUCAUCUAUAGUACCUGCACAUCCAAAGAGGAGCAAGACGCUUUGAGUAAGCUCUUUGGUCAUUUCUCCUCUGGUAUCGACUGCGGAAAGCGGUCGCUUGGAUACUUCGUGCAAAGGCAAUUCUCCUUCACCGGAUUGGGAAAGGAAAUUCAGUUUCAGAGCCAUCUCAGCCACUCACGGUAG